AUGACUAUUUCUACCCCAUAUCCAAUCGCUAAACCAUUUAGAAUUGCCAUUGUUGGCUCCGGUAAUUGGGGAACAGCAGUUGCAAAAUUAGUUGCUGAAAACACCGCCGAGAAACCACAAUUAUUUGAAUCAGAAGUUAAAAUGUGGGUAUAUGAAGAACAAAUCAAUGAUCGAAAAUUAACUGAAAUCAUUAAUGAAGAUCAUGAAAAUGUUAAAUAUUUACCUGAAGUUAAAUUACCUACAAAUUUAAUUGCUAAUCCUGAUAUAGUAGAUACUGUCCAUGAUGCUGAUUUGAUUGUGUUCAAUAUUCCUCAUCAAUUCUUAAAUAGAAUUUGUAAACAAUUAAGAGGAAAUGUUAAACCUACUGUUAGAGCUAUUUCAUGUUUAAAGGGUUUAGAAGUUGGUCCUGAAGGUUGUAAAUUAUUAUCCACUUAUAUUACUGAAAGUUUAGGUAUAUAUUGUGGGGUUUUAUCCGGUGCAAAUAUUGCUUCUGAAGUAGCAAGAGGUAGAUGGUCCGAAACUUCAAUUGCUUAUAAUAUUCCUGGAGAUUUCAGAGGUGAUGGACAAGAUAUUGAUGCUUUCGUCUUGAAACAAUGUUUCCAUAGACCAUAUUUCCAUGUUAGAGUCAUUAGUGAUGUUGUCGGUGCUUCUAUUGCCGGUGCAUUGAAGAAUGUGGUUGCUUGUGCCGUUGGGUUUGUUAUUGGUGCUGGUUGGGGUGAUAAUGCAAGAGCAGCAAUUAUGAGAAUUGGUAUUAAAGAAAUUAUUAGAUUUGCAUCUUAUUGGCAAGAAUUUGGUAUUACAAGUUCGUUACCUCCACAUCCAACUACUUUUACUGAAGAAAGUGCUGGUGUUGCUGAUUUAAUAACUACUUGUAGUGGAGGUCGUAAUGUUAAAGUUGGUAGAUAUAUGAUUGAGAAUAAUGUUGAUGCUUGGGAAGCAGAAAAGAUUGUCUUGAAAGGCCAAAGUUCUCAGGGUAUUCUUACUGCUAAAGAAGUUCAUGAAUUAUUGGUUAAUUUUAAUUUACAACAUCAAUUCCCAUUAUUUGAAGCUACUUAUGAUUUGAUUUAUAAUGGUGGUUCAGUAGAAGAUUUCCCUAGAUUAUUAGAAGCUGAUGCCAUGUGGUAG